AUGGCCGUGAGUUUAGAUGAGGACGUUUCCCUCAUCCUGACCUUGGAUGAGAGUGGCAGCACCCCACUGGCUCCCUCCGACGACCUGGGCCCAGAUGAUCUGCCCAGCAGAAUUGGAGGCAAAUAUACCGUCCACGACUCCCAGGCCCCCAGUCUGAGCUUAAAGGGCGAAAACUCCCCCUCCAGCCCCACCGGACAUGACUGGGAGAUGAUUUAUCAAGAGGCAGCAAUCUACCUCCAGGAAGGCGAGAAUAACGACAAGUUCUUCACCCACCCCAAGAACGCCAAAGCGCUGGCGGCCUACCUCUUCGCACACAACCACCUCUUCUACCUGAUGGAGCUGUCCGCGGCCUUGCUCCUGCUGCUGCUCUCCUUGUGCGAGGCUCCCGCCGUCCCCGCGCUCCGGCUGGGCAUUUACGUCCACGCAACCCUGGAGCUGUUCGCCCUAGUGGUGGUCGUGUUUGAACUCUGCAUGAAGUUGCGGUGGCUGGGCCUUCACACCUUCAUCCGGCACAGAAGGACCAUGGUCAAGACCUCUGUGCUGGUGGUGCAGUUCGUGGAGGCCAUCGUGGUGUUGGUACGGCAGACAUCGCACAUGCGGGUGACCCGGGCUCUGCGCUGCAUCUUCCUGGUGGACUGUCGGUACUGCGGCGGCGUCCGGCGAAACCUGCGUCAGAUGUUUCAGUCCCUGCCACCCUUCAUGGAUAUCCUCAUGCUUCUCCUCUUCUUCAUGAUCAUUUUCGCCAUCCUCGGUUUCUACUUAUUCUCCCCUAAUCCUUCAGACCCCUACUUCAGCACCCUGGAGAACAGCAUCAUCAGUCUGUUUGUCCUUCUGACCACCGCCAACUUCCCAGAUGUGAUGAUGCCCUCCUACUCCCAGAACCCCUGGUCCUGCGUCUUCUUCAUCGUGUACCUUUCCAUCGAGCUGUACUUUAUCAUGAACCUGCUCCUGGCUGUGGUAUUUGACACCUUCAAUGACGUCGAGAAACGCAAGUUCAAGUCUUUGCUGCUACACAAGCGAACUGCCAUCCAGCACGCCUACCGCCUGCUCGUCAGCCAGCAGAGGUCCGCCGGCAUCUCCUACAGGCAGUUCGAAGGCCUGAUGCGCUUCUACAAGCCCCGGAUGAGCGCGGGGGAGCGCUAUCUCACGUUCAAGGCCCUGAAUCAGAGCAACACGCCACUGCUCAGCCUGAAGGACUUUCAUGAUAUUUAUGAAGUUGCUGCCUUGAAGUGGAAGGCAAAGAGAAAUAGAGAACACUGGUUUGAUGAGCUUCCCAGGACAGCAUUCCUCAUCUUCAAAGGAAUUAAUAUCCUUGUGAAGUCCAAGGCCUUCCAGUAUUUCAUGUAUUUGGUGGUGGCGGUCAACGGGGUCUGGAUGCUUGUGGAGACCUUCAUGCUGAAAGGUGGGAACUUCGUCUCUAAGCACGUGCCGUGGAGUUACCUCGUCUUUCUGACUAUCUACGCGGUGGAGCUGUUCCUGAAAGUUGCCGGCCUGGGUCCCAUCAGGUACCUGUCCUCCGGAUGGAACCUGUUCGACGUCUGCGUCACCGCCUUUGCCUUCCUGGGGCUGCUGGCUCUGGCCUUCAACACUGAGCCCUUCUACUUCAUAGUGGUCCUGCGCCCGCUCCAGCUGCUGAGGUUGUUUAAGCUGAAGAAGCGUUACCGCAACGUGCUGGACACCAUGUUUGAGCUGCUGCCCCGGAUGGCCAGCCUGGGCCUCACGCUGCUCAUCUUCUACUACUCCUUCGCCAUCGUGGGCAUGGAAUUCUUCUGUGGAAUCCUCUACCCCAACUGCUGCAAUACAAGCACAGUGGCAGACGCCUACCGCUGGCUGAACCACACUGUGGGCAACAGGACCGUCGUGGAGGAGGGCUACUACUAUCUCAACAAUUUUGACAACAUCCUGAAUAGCUUUGUGACCUUGUUCGAGCUCACGGUCGUCAACAACUGGUACAUCACCAUGGAAGGUGUCACCUCCCAGACGUCGCACUGGAGCCGCCUCUACUUCAUGACCUUCUACAUCGUGACCAUGGUGGUGAUGACCAUCAUUGUGGCCUUCAUCCUCGAAGCCUUUGUCUUCCGAAUGAACUACAGCCGCAAGAACCAAGACUCAGAAGUGGACAGUGGCAUCACCCUGGAGAAGGAGCUCUCCAAAGAUGAGCUGGUUGCAGUUCUGAAGCUCUACCGGGAGGCAGAGGGAGCCAACUCAGACACCGCCCAGCUGCUCAAGAUCCUCUCCCAGAUGGAGAGAUACGAGCAAAAUACCUUAGUGUUUCUGGGACGGAGAUCAAGGACCAAAAGUGACCUGAGCCUAAAGAUGUACCAAGAGGAGAUUAAGGAGUGGUACGAGGAACAUGCCCGCAAGCAGGAGAAACAGCAGCGACAGCUCAGCAGCUGCACGGUCCCUGCCACCCAGCAAUCUCCAGGCAGUCGCCAGCGCUCCCAGACCAUCACCUAA